GCCACGGGUCGUUGGGCUCCUCUACGAAUCCCCCUAAUCCGGUCAGAGCUUGGGUCAAAGUGUAUUUUUGGAAUCCUACCGGCCGUGGAUGGCUGCUCUUCAAAGCUUGGCUCUUUUGCUUGGCGCUCUCUCUUCUUGGCGCUCUCUCUUCUUGGCGCUCUCUCUUCUUGGCGCUCUCUCUUCUUGGCGCUCUCUUCUUGGCUGUGCCUCUUUGUGCGAGCGAGUACGGGAAUGAGAGUGAAUACGCGAAACCACGCGCACCUCGUGGCGACGGAAUGUGACAUUUCGUGUCCGCCAUCCCAGAGCAUAACAGAGACACCAAGUGCAACGGCGAGCAGAGUCCUCGGCCUCGUCCUCGUGCUAUCCCCCGAUGUAACCGUCGUUCCCAUGGGCAUCCCGGCCUGCCGCUGGCCAAAUGCAGGUACAAAACUCUGCCGACAGACUAUCGACUGCCACAAUCCGGCGCCUCGACCUGUUUGGGCGUUUUACCAGUCACCAGGGCAAUCCCAUCAUCUCCUCUUCCAUCUCCUCUUCCAUCUCAUCCCAACUCUCGCAAUUCAAUUCGUCCGUGCCAUCCCGAUGUCGAUUUCCCGUCUGACUACUCCGUACGUACAGAGCAGCCCGCACCGAUUCGCCCCCAACUCUCAAGGCCAAUCAACACAUGGCCUUCUCGAAGUUGCAAAGAAACCCCGUCCCCUGUUGCCCUCUCGUUCUGUUCUGUUCUGUUCCGUUUCGCUGCACACGCCGCAGACGCACUUGAGGGCCCGCUAAUUUCCCGCUCGGAAGAGCGCUGCUUCUUCGAACCUGGCGCCGGCUUGCCCACUUCCACCCAUGGUCCGUAUCGCCCCAUGCUUAGGAGCUUGGGGUGAGAGCUCAAAGACCUUGCCAGUGACAGACCACAACGCAGGAUAUCCGCCAUAGAUGCUGGCCCUGGUGUCGGCCCAGCUACCGAAGUGGGACGGAGAAUUCAGACAGGGACGCUCCGUUCGGGGGAUUAACGCGCGGUCUGCGCACAGUUGGGAGCCGUACGAAG